AUAGGUCUAUAAAUAGGUUUUUAUAGACCUUGACACAGAGGAAGCUCAUCCAAUUAGCUCAUCUAUUUCCAAUAAACUGCUAAUCCUUAUCAAUCGCGGGAUAUAAUUCUGCCAUGAUAGUAUCAUUGCAAUUAUAGAUUACCGUGCCUACAAUUUUAAUAUUAUAACCUAAUAAUACAACUACUUGCAAACAUUUCUUGUUUAUGAAAAAAUAUUAAUUCAUUCUAGAAGUUUUGACAAUCAGAAAAAAACUAUAAUUAUUAUUCUAAAUAUAUAUAUAUAGUAUAUCAACUAUCUGUAAAAUACGGCUGGAGGUGAAGGCCUAAAUGAAACAAUUUUUCGCCAGUGGGAGUAAUAUGGUGCUCUUUGAAGUCAUAGGAAGGAGAAUAAAUCAGCCUGCAAAUAUAAAGAUACCUCUUGAGAAAAAAGUCCUUUUUACAGUUUGGAUGUUGAGCAAACCAGAAACAUUCUUAGCUGCUGGUGACAGAUACAAUUUUUCUCAAAGUACUGCUCAUAGAACAUUCUAUGAGAUAGUGGAUGUCAUUGCAGCUGCAGUAGAUGAUCAUAUCAAAUGGCCAACACCCUUGCAGCUACAAAAGUCAUCUGAGAUGCGUGAUAAUUUUAUUUUUCGGAAAAGAUGUGAAAUGAUAUGAAUCUAUGGAUAUAGUUUAUAC